UUCUCAAUCUUUCCCGGACACGAGAAAAUUCCGAUUUUUCCAAGGGGAGGUAGUAAGCAUCGGUGUCUGAAGGAAUCAUCAAGAGUCUGGGACUUGAGGCAUCUGCGGAAAGUAGAUCAGGGAAGUUGAAAGAGACGUGUUGAGGAGACAAUUAUUAAUUAGGGUUUCAAGAAGUUGGAAAAGUCGAGGUAAGGGUGGAGGAUCAAGUGGUGGGAGAAGUGGGUCGUUUUCGCCCACACAUUGUCGGUGUCUCAUCGCAGCAAGACCACCAGGAGGUGAACAGUAACAGCGUCAUCGUCGUUGCUGUCUAGGUAUUCGUUGGGGGACUGUUGAUCAUUCCAUUGACGGUGACUGGAAUGAUCCUGUGCUAAUUGGAGAUCAAAGAAGACAUUCCGCGAGGUCUCGGUUGGGACUCCGAGGCUGAAGCAUUCUUCGGUGAAGAGGGAUUUCUUGAGGGGAAUUUUUUGAAUUGUGGGAACAAAAUGCCGGGCGCCGGGGGUCAACAACCCCAGAGAACAACAUUCAGGCCACCAUGGGUCAAGGAUGGACCCAAUCCAUUGCCGAUGCCUCAAGCCCCGUGGACCUUGAACAACAGAAGAGACUCCAAACCCACCACCGAUGACGCUCCAGCCUUCACCAAAGUAACGUUGAAGAGUGUUCCAAAGCCUGCGGACGCAGUAGCACCGCCAGCAGAGCCUGCGCCCCAGGCAAGGAAACAGAGUAAAAUAACAAUAAUACCGGCUCAACCAAAUAGUGAACGCAAUACAACAAUCAAACCCUCCACUAAUAAAGCAAAGGCGAGCACAGACAAAGGAUCAAGUAAAUUGGGGGAAAAUGGAAGGGUUGAGUCGACGAGUUCUUCAAAGCCACAAUUGGAGAGACAAACACGUAUCGACAAAUCUCGAUCACGUACUGAUACCAGAGUGCCAAUAUCGAAGAGUGAAAGCACUACAGGUGCACCAACACUAUCAAAAAGCUCAUCGAGAGCAGCAAUACCACCGCCGCCACCACCGAGACCACCGCCACCACCACCAUCCAGGGAAGUUGUGCCUGAACUGAAGAAUCUACCACCGAUCAGUGAGAAAGCUCAAAAAACGUUGGAGUUGCUUAAAUCGAGGCCACGUAAACGGCCUGAUUGGUCGUGCAUAUUGAAGGAGGUGGAGAGUGGGAAAAAGUUGAAACACGUCAAGUGCAACGAUAGAAGUGCACCGAUCAUCGAAAGAGUUAGCAAAGUCAUAGCUGAUCCACAAGAUCAACCUCAUUUCGUCUUUGAAUCUGAAAAGUCGAACAUGCACAAUCAACUCCUGCACCAAAUUCAAACUGGUAUAAAACUAAAAAGCGUAAAAACGAAUGAUCGUUCAAAGCCAAUGCUCGAGGGCCUGAGGAAAUUCCGUCGACAGCUAACUAUCGAAGAGCAGAUACAGAGGAAAGAGGCAGCGCCAGAUAUUGCUGAGACCGUGCCCGAUGAGAUGGACGACAUUGACGCUGUAAGGGAUGAUUUGCAGAGUACCAAACAGAUGCUUGCGUUGGAAUUGAGAAAUAAGGAAGCGCUGGAAAGAGAUAACAAGAGGCUACAGGCAAGAGUCUUAAACUUGGAAGCUGAACUAGAACGAGCAAAACUCCAACAAAACGUAGUUGAACACAAGAAACAGGACGAGAAAAUCCAAGAGUCAUUGAAAAAAGAAGCUGAAGCGGCGAGGAAAGAUGUUGAGAAACUAGAAAAAGACUUUGCUGUUGUUGCUGAAGAGAGAGACAAAACUAAAAUCGAACUGGAGGAGAUGAAGAGGAUGUACGCAAAUUUGGAGAGACGCAUGAAGGCUGAGUUUUAUUGGGACUGGCCAGAGCCCAUAAUAGAAUACCCGGAAGAGAGUCCAGAGGGCACGUGGUACGAUGUUUCAGGAAUGGCAUUGGCAGGAUGUCCAAGUGCCAAGGAUGUUGCUAAAAUAGCGUCACAGAAGAGUAUUGAUAAGGGAGAGAAGACAGCCAGUGAGUCGGAAGAGGAGGAGGAAUCAUCGGAAGAGGAGGAUGAGGAUGAGGAUCCCGAGGCACAGGCUGAGAAACGAUUGCAGAGGGAAAUCAAAUUGCUCAAUACAAAGAUUAGGAACUUCAAGGACAAAGCUGCAAAUGCAAAGAAGGAGAGACACGCGCUGAAGGAACAAAUAAAACAGCAGCAGAAAUUGUUGAAAGAGGAGAAGAAAAAGUACAAAGGGCUUCAGAAGGAAGUUGACAAAAUGGCUAAAUUGAUGGGAGAUACUGACGAUGAAGAUGCUGAGGAUGAAGAGGAGGAGGAAGAGGAAGAGAGUGAGUCUGAAGAUGAAUCAGAGUCUGAGGAGUCUGAGGAGGAGGAAUCCGAGAGUGACGACGAGGAUGCUGAGCCAGAGGAGCGCAAGAGUAAUUUACAGACAAUCGUCAAAAAACACGAGGGAAGAAUGUCAUCCCUGAAGAAAGGUAAUUAUCUGCUCAAAGCCCAGGUGGACAGACUGAAAGACGACCUAGUGAAGCAGCGUGAAGCGAGCCUAUCCCUCCAAGAGGACCUCGACUCAGUUCUCGCUGAACUGGGCUAAAUUUGCAUAACAUGAAUUAUAGUUGAAGAAAUAUUACAUAACGAAACUAACAUAUGCACAUAAAUAAAAGAAAACAAAUCUCGAAUUAAUGAUACUGAGUACUGAAAGCAAACACCUACACAAAUUACACAAUUAAAGCGAGACAGAAUGAGAAAUUCAUGGAGAAAACAUUCAGAUCAUUGCUUACUUUUGUUGCAGACUAGACGAUAUGAAAAAGAGAAAAAUGAAACAAAUAUGAAAUUAACGCGAUUUUUAUUUGCUAUUAUAUUAUUUAAAGUGUAAGAUAUUUUUUAAUAAAGGAGAUAAAUAUUGGCCAUUGGUUUAGAAAUA